AUGUUACAUAACAGAAUUAUCGCAAAGAAAAAUCUUUUGAAGAAAAUAGAAAGUGAAACUGCACUAUUAGCAUAGUCUGGAUUAUUUUCAAUCCAUUGCUAGGGUUUGUCAAGAAUAAAGAAUAAUCCACAAUAAAUUGUUGCCAUUGAGGUUACUAAUGAAAGUUUUUCUAGAUCCUAUUUGAGUUUGAAUAAAAUUGCCAAUGCAAAAAAAGGAAUUCCUAUCCCCCAUAUAAGAAUGCUUGGUAAUGAAACAAAAUAGCUGUAGAAUGAAUGA